GUUUAUAUAUUGACUCUCAAAAAUCUUUAGGGGUAUAGUUACAUGAUCAUGAGGCACUCCAAGCUAAACAUGAUGGCCAAAAUCUAAAUAGAAAGCAUGUCUUGCUAAAUUAUGAGUUUCCACAUUACUCUGCCUGCUUUCAUUUUUUCCUUUUUGAGGAAUACCUGCCAUGGGUAGAAUAUACCAGCACUCCUCAAAAUCCUUCAUUAAAGCCCCGUUCGGCAACACUCCAGCUCCCGACUCCGUGGAGCUGAAUCAACAAAAAAAAAGAUGGUUCAUUUUUGAGGAGCAGCUAUUCUGUCGCUCCUCGUUUCCAGCAUCGAGCGGAGCGGAGCGGAGGGAGUGGUCCGUUUCCGAUCGGGGCCUAACUCUCUCUCUCUUCUUUUUUUUGCAGGAGGACGCGCCGCCGAGUAGCGAAGAUAAGAGACGAGUGGGCCUGAUUUUUCUAUCAGCAGAGAAAAACCUGGGCCACUGAUCGGCAAUAGAAUCGAGAACCUUCCCUUCGCCGCCUAAUCUGCACUCACUACAGACUACACCGGCCCAGAGGACUCCUGCAAACCCAUCAGCGUCACCCGUGCUCUGCUUCAAAGGAAUGGCGAGCCCAAUGGUGGGAACCCCAAUCCGCCUCAGCAGCCUCAGAUACGCCCCUCCUUCCCCAGCACCCAGGGGACGAUUCGUGGCGGCGAGGGUGAGGGCGUCGGCGGAGGCGAUGGCGACGGCGACGGAGAAGCUCGGCGUCAGGGUGGAGCGCAACCCGGCCGAGUCCCGCCUCUCCGAGCUCGGCGUCCGCCAGUGGCCCAAGUGGGGGUGCGAGAAGAGCAAGUUCCCGUGGACCUACUCGGCCAAGGAGACGUGCUACCUGCUGCAGGGGAAGGUGAAGGUGUACCCGGACGGCGAGGAGGGGUUCGUGGAGAUCGCGGCGGGGGACCUGGUGGUGUUCCCCAAGGGCAUGAGCUGCACCUGGGACGUCGCCGAGGCCGUCGACAAGCACUACAAGUUCGAGUAGCCUGCACCUACAGCGCUGCACGGCCGGCCGCUGUGCUGCCUGCUGCCGUUGCUAGCACUAGACUGAGGUAUUUGUAGCCGGAUUGUGUUGUGCUCGAGUGGAUCUCUUCUCUUGUGGUGAAAUAAAAACGCCAGGCUAGGAUUGUGUUUGUCCCGGGCUCUGGAAGCAAACCGUGUAUCGUCCGUAUUUUGUUUCUUACUAGUAAGUACUAAUUGCCCGUGCGUUGUAACUGGGGCACAUAGACAUGUCGCUGAAACUUCAGUGCGUUCUUUACAUAAUAACUGUGAUUUAACAUAAAAAGGCUUUUUACCAUC